AUGACCUUGACACAUGAAGCGCAGGCUUCAGGAGGGUUGAGGGUCUCUGAGGAGCUUCGAGUAGGACCAUCUGACAUUUGCGGGAGUUACUACCUUCCACAUCAUGGCGUAGUCAGAGAGAGCAGCGAAACAUCGAAACUGAGAGUAGUUUUCAAUGGAUCAGCAAAGACCAGCGCCGGGAAAUCGUUCAACGACAUUCUCCAUACAGGGGCCAAGCUGCAGCGCGACGUUUCUGAUGCUCUUCUCUGGACUAGGCAGCACAAGGUCAUCUUCAUGAAAGACAUUACCAAGAUGUUCCGUCAGAUUAGGGUUCAUGAAGAUGACUGGCCUCUGCUGCAGAUAUUAUGGAACGACUAUAAUGGAGGAUUCUCAACAUUUCAAUUGACCACCCUCACGUAUGGGACUGGAUCAGCUCCGUUUCCCGCAAAUCGUGUUCUUCUCCAGCUAGCUGAGGAGGAAGGAUACAGAUUUCCUUUGGCCGUCGAUCCCAUCGUGAAAGGAAGAUAUGUUGAUGAUAUCUGUGGAGGUGCAGAUACGCAUGUUCAGCUCGUAAGAAAAGCUCAAGAAGUGCGCAAUCUCUGUGCUGCCAGAGGGAUGCUUUUGGCAAAAUGGCACAGCAACAGUUCAGCUCUUCUCAGAUGGCUCGAUCCUGACAGCACCGCCAAUGACCAGCGAAUCUACGAGGACUCAGAGACCAGGAUGCUGGGGUUAUCUUGGCAGCCCAACUCAGAUAACUUCGUCUUCUCCACCAAAUCAUCGCAGAACUUGACCGUGUCCAAGCGGAUUAUUCUCUCAGAAAUUGCUCAGCUCGACGACCCUUUCGGAUUUCUCUCUCCUGUAGUCAUCAGAGGAAAGAUGCUGCUACAGGAAAUUUGGAUUGAGAAGCUUGGUUGGGAUGAUGAAGUUUCGCCUCAAAUAGCACAUCGAUGGAAUAGCUUUCGUCAGGAUCUCAUCUCGUUGUCCAACGUAUCCACACCCAGAUGGAUUGCUCCAGACCUCCGUUGUUGA